UGCACUGGUUGCGGUAUCUGAGAAAUGAGUCAUCCGCGAUGAAAUAAAAGCUCUCCGAUUUCUGACGCACGCACGGCAUUGAUACUCGCGUAUCAAGAAUCUUGUAGUUGGUAGGAGAGAAAGAGAGAGGAAAGGGAGGAAAGAGUCGAUGGGACGCCCGUAGUGCGCCUGUCCGUGGAGUGACAUUUCUUGAGACGGAGCACAGACGAACCUUCGUCCCCGAGAAGGUCGCUCGUUAAAGUUUUUUUUUAACGGCGCGUCGGGGUACGAAUGAGUAACAAAACACGAAGCUCGAUCGAAAACAAUAUCUCGACAGUCACUCGAGGGGGAUGCGACAGGUCUUGCUGUAAAAUACGUAAGUCAUAAGUGUCAAAAGCCAGUGCUCAAUGUUACGAACCGCAUUCGCGGUGGAAAGCAACGAGUUCGGUGCGACCGGUGAAGUUGGCGCGUGUGCCCCCCCGUACGAAGUGAAUACGAUCGACGACGACGACGACGAUGUUGUUACCCGUCAACAUUCCCGAUGCGUCAAGUGGCCCGUGCACUCGACGGAAGGCGAUAUCUCGUUCCGGCAGAGAUCGAAGCUGCACCUGCAGGUCGGACAGUUGACGCGAUCGUCGUCGACGCGACACGGAGGUUAUCAUCUCGGUACAGACGAUAAGAAGGAAAACGGGCGACUCGGUUAAAGGCGUGAAUGCACAGCAAAGGGCGAACACGUUGCCGUCGUCGCCGUCGUCGUCGUCGUCGUCGUCGCCGCCGUCGUGAGGAAGAAGUGACAGCAAUGGCCGAGCGUCAUCAUCAUCAUCGUUAUCAUCAUCAUCGUCAUCAUUAUUAUCGUCAUGAUUGUGAUUGUGAGUAAAGCGCAUCGCUCGACGUGAGGUUGGUCGCGUCGAGCAUGCCGUGAACACGCGACUCCGUGAUGCGUCCGCACGAAGACACCCGGUCGAAGCGACGAAUCACGGAAAGAAAACGGCGAAGAGAAAAGGUGAGUGCCGCCGGCUCGCCGGCACGGUAGAUCGCGGGUGGCCCUCCAAAGCCUUCGCUCCCUUAUUCCGGAAAAUGAAGUUCAUGUUAUAUACUCUGUACGGGUUCGCGAUAGUCUUUAUGAUAUUCUGGUCGGGCAUGUGGGUGGUGCACGUGCUGGCGUUGAUUGCCGGCCGCUGGAAGCUGCAUCGGAAGCUGAAUCAAGCGCCGAGCUACGAGACGCCUCUGCCAGGGGUCUCCGUGAUAAAACCGUUGAUGGGAGUCGAUCCGAAUCUUUUCGGCAAUCUCGAGACCUUCUUCACGAUGGAGUAUCCGCGAUACGAAUUGCUGUUCUGCGUGGAAGACGACUCCGAUCCCGUGUUGAUGUUGGUGCGCAAGCUCAUCGAGAAGUAUCCGGAGGUCGAGGCGAAACUGUUCGUCGGCGGCUGCAACGUUGGAGUGAAUCCGAAGAUCAACAACAUGCAGCCGGCCUACGAGGCCGCCAAAUACGAGCUCGUGCUGAUCAGCGACAGCGGCAUACGCAUGAAGGAGGACACUCUUCUAGACAUGGUGAAUUACAUGACGGACAAUGUGGCUCUGGUGCAUCAGAUGCCGUUCACCUGCGAUCGCGAGGGUUUUGCCGCCGCUUACGAGAAGAUUUUCUUCGGCACGGUUCAGUCACGUAUGUAUCUGGCCGCGGAUCUUCUCAGAAUAAAUUGUCACACCGGCAUGUCGGCUCUACUCAGGAAGAGCACGUUGGACGAGGUCGGCGGUCUGAAAGCGUUCGGUAUUUAUCUCGCGGAGGACUUUUUCUACGCGAAAUCUCUGACCGACCGUGGUUGGCGCAUCACCGUCUCCUCGCAGCCGGCGCUCCAGAACAGCGGCCACUGCGAAGUCGACACCUUCCAGGCGAGGCUGCGACGAUGGGCGAAGCUGCGCGUGGCGAUGCUACCCCCGACGAUCGUUCUGGAACCCCUGAGCGAGUGCCUCAUUCUGGGCGGGUGUGCUUCCUGGGCAGCUAGUGUGCUCUUCGAGUGGGACUCUCUAGUUUUCUAUUUGGUGCAUAUACUUUUGUGGUUCAUGUUCGACUGGACACUGCUGUGCGUCGUGCAGAACGGACCGCUGCCCUUCAAUAAACUCGAAUUUGUGUGCGGUUGGUUGCUCAGUGAGACCACGAGACCAUAUCUUUUUCUUCAGGCUGUUCUGGAUCCUCUUAUACAGUGGCGAUCGCGCGUCUACAAGCUUAAAUGGGGCGGCGUCGCGGAGGAGGUUAAGGCGAAAGUCAAAUAUUAAAUAAUUCAUUUGCGCGAGUGCAUUGCGUACCUGUGUGAAUGCGUGCGUGCGUGCGUGCGUGCGUGCGUCUGGUAUGUCUGUCUAAAAUAGAGAGAAACAGGAGCAAUUUUUUU